UCUUUGAUUGUACAAUAUACAGUGAAAGGCAAUUAUUUAAUUUAAAUUUAUUAUUUUGAUACGCUUACUAAGUACUAUAUUACAUCAGUACCAAAACACUUGGUUGAGGUUAUUAAACUAAUUGGUAAAGAUUUUAGCAGUCGAACAGUUCCCAUGAGGCACAAAUAAAAGUUUGCAAAAAUAUUAUUGCAUGUGGCUAGAAUUGUUAUUCUUAAUAUAGACUGAUAUGCUUGCAGUAAUCAAUAAAUUUGAGCUAGUCGUAUAGACUUGUAAUAAAAAUUAUAUACCUACCGAAGAAAGAAAUCACCUACAGAAACAGUUAUGGAUCCAAAGUUUUUUUAUCAAUAUCAAGUGCAAGUAGCAGUAUUUAAAUAUAAACAAAAUUAUUACAUGUACAAUCUGUAUAUCUCAUAACGAUGUAAAUUAUUGGCUAUAGUUGCGUUAUCAUGUAUGAUAAAAAAGACAUACAAACCAAAGCGCUUUUGAAUAUCAGAAUUGUGUUACAAUAGAUAAGAUUUUGGUGCUUUUUAUAAAGUGUACCCUAUCAUUUUAAAUGAUCCAACAAUGUUUAAAAAUUACUGUUGCAUGACCACAGAACAAUUCAAAGAUCUGUUAAUACUGGUUGCUCCAGUAAUUACUAGACAAGAUGUGAUACAAACACCAAUCUCACCUAAAGAACGUCUAUUGUUGACAUUAAGGUACUUAGCAUCAGGAGAUAGUCAAGUGUCUAUGUCAUAUAAAUUUGGUGUUGGGACAAGUACAGUUUCUCAAAUAAUUUCGGAAACUUGUCAAGCAUUGUGGACACAAUUAGCCCCUUUAGUUCUACCAGUACCAAAAUCAAAAGAUUGGGGAGAAAGUGAAAAUAAUUUCAAUUGGGAAAUUCGUAAAUAGAAUUUCCCAAACUGCGUGGAUGCUAUUGAUGGUAAAAGAAUCUUCGCGUAAAUAUAAAAAUUUAAGAAGCUCUAAAAUAUAGUGUCGUCUCAUUAAAGGAAAGAAAGUAUUUUAUUUUUUACUUGAAAGAAUCUUCGUGUAAAUAUAAAAAUUUAAGCAAAUCUGCUAUAUAGUGAUGUCUUUUUGAAAGCGGUAUUCUAUUUAAUGAUGCUCGGAUUAAUCCAAUUACGUUCUCUAUUUCAUCAUUUUGCGGUGUCAUAAUAGGUAAUGCUAGUAAAACCAAUUCAGGUGGUUUUGGGAGAGGUGCGUUUAACAACUCAGUAAGUUUUGUCAUCACUUCAUUUGGCUCGGAUGAUCGACCUGUAACAACGUUUAUAUUUUGCCAAAAAUCGGAAUUAAAUUUUCAACUUAUAAUUAAAUGUUAAUAAGUUAGAAACGCUUUGGCUUAAUGCACAUAGGACGCGUCAACGCGUUACGCGUGACGAGGUAGCCAAUCAUUUUUUCGCUUUUAUGACAAGAAAUAAGAAAACAAAAGAAUGAUUGGCUAUUCGCCACGCGUAACGCGUUGACGCGUCCUGUGUGCAGUGAGUCUUACUUUGUCAGUACAGUCGUGAGUUAAAAGGUUGCAACACAUUUUCUUCGAUGGUUUUUGGAAUGUAGACUUGUUUAUCGAACGGCCAACGUAAUUGGUUCUCACCUGUGAAUCCAACCAAUUACUUUCGCCGAUCAAUGAGCAAGUCUACAUUCCAAAAACCAUUGAAGAAAAUGUGUUGC